CACAAGUUCUUUUCCCUUUUUCUCUAACGUCUGCAUUUUCCAGGAAACUAAAAUGUCUUUGAGCAGUCUUGUUUUUCUGGCUGUUUUAUUGGGGGUAAAUGGGAGCCUCAGUGUGACGAUCAGACCUGAGGCUGCAUCAACGGACAUGUCAGCUCAUCCCAACAGCUUACCAGAGACAGCAGAUGAGGCUGACACCUCUGGACAGGUGAGAGUUUUAGAAUUGGAGGAGACUGAGGAGGAUGUGAUGGCGACUGGCGAGCUGAACCCCAAUCACUACCCUGCUCAGAGAGCAGCCAAUGUGGUGCGACACUACCUCAACACCCGCUACGGCUCGCCAUACAGAGUGUUCACACUUAACAGGGUCCACAGUGGGAACGCAGAGGACAUGGCAGACUCUGGAAGAAAGUAUCAGCUGGAGAUCUCAGUGCAGGACUUCAUUAGCAAUAAAACAGAGAAAUGCUCCGCAGAGGUUUUGUUUCCAAGAGGAGAACCACAGGACUCACCCUCUGUUCAGGCCUCAUGUGAGGAGCUGCUGAAAAUCGACACUAAAGCUCAAGAAGAGGCCUGGUACCAACAGAAUAAAAACCAAAGCCUGGUGACGGCACAUUUACCCGACAGCUAUGGUCACAUUGACCCUGGCAAUGAGCCUCUGUGGCAUCUGGGCAUUGUGGCUUCCAGCUUCAUCAUGCUGAAUGAAUCCACUGAAAACACUCUGUACAACAUGGCUCAGGUGGCCAACGUCACACAGCUGGAAACUGAGAACGACCAGCUGAAGUUUGACUACUACAUACUGCUGCAUGACAUGGUGUCUCAGGAAAUCAUUCACUGGAAACUGCUGUUCACCUGGUCUCCUGCAGAGGGCGUUAAAGUGCUGCAGAAGGAACUGAUGCCCAAAUGCCAUCACUGUGAAACAGUGGAAGUGAUAGCAAACACAAACUAAACCACAGACAGUCAUCACACUGCCACCAGAACCAAAACAGAAGCUUGACUUGUGUGUUUUUAUGAGAAGAAAGGUGCAGUUUAUAACCGAUGUAAAAGGUUAAUACUAUAUAAAUGUUCAGUUUUGAGCUCUGUGUGUAUUUGUUCUUCUGUCUUUGCAAGAACCAGAUCACAGUGAGAGAACCAGGUGGCCUUCAAACAUCCAACACUUAAUUGUGGGGUUAGAGUUAGGUCUGGGUUAAGGCUACAGAUAUGAGUUGGGAUUUAAUUGACAGCUGUGACAAGGUUAAGGAGCUAGGUAAUACAGCAUGUCAAUCAAUGCUCUGGCAACUAGAGUCAUAGGUGUGUGUGUGUAUAAGGAGAUGAGGACUUACGUUACAGGAGCGGUGAUGGUUUCUCUGAAGGCCACUUUGGGUUUCCCCAUCACACAUGUACAGUUAUAUUCCCUCUCCAUUCUCUGAAACAACAAAACACAAUCAUGGAUUAGAGAUAUAAUCAGUUUAAACUAUAUCAAAUUUUAAUUUUAGUUUCUUUGGUCUCACCAUCACAAACUGUAUAUCCAUACACUGUACAUGAUUAAGAACAAUAAAUAUAAAACAAAAUAAAAAAAA